UCGGAGGUGAAUGACAACGUGGCCUAUGAGAUGAUUCAAAGCGGACAUGGCGGAGAUAGAGCAUACACAGCGUUAAAACUUGAUUCAUCCCACUCCUUCGCCAUUGCUAAUGAAAACGUGACAUUCUUCACCAUACUUGGCUCGAUUGGACGGGGUGACUUCGGCGUGGUAUGGAAAGGAGACCUCCGCUCAAAACAAAAUCAUCUCGAUGUUGUUAUUAGGCAAAUACCAGACCGCGUGACGAAAUCAUUACAAGUACUUCAAGCCAUCAAGAUACUUCACAAGCUAUCGGAUCAACCAAAUAUUGUCAAAUGUCUCGGAUAUUGUAAAGAACAGGGUAGUAUUCUCUAUGAGUUCAUCUCAGGGGGUACACUCCUUACCCAUCUACAGACUUCAGGGGUGCAAUCUCAACCCAUGUACAGCAAUCUCAAACCAAACGGUGUUCGUAUUGAUGAGGGUACACUACUUAACCUGGCUUGGCAGGUUGCUAAAGGAAUGCAGUUCCUCUCAUCUAACAGGAUUAUUCACGGAACUCUCUGUGCUCACAAUGUGUUACUAGGAAAACGAAAACAAUGUAAGAUAUCAGAUUAUGGAUUAUCCAACUCACUGUUUUCUGACCAAGGCAAAGCCACGAGAUGGAGUUCACCAGAAACCAUGGUAACGAGUGACCCAACAACAGAUGGAGACAUCUGGUCUUUUGGUAUCGUCUUGUGGGAAAUCGUAACGUUAGGUGCAAGGCCAUAUCCUAAUAUGACGUUUACCACUGUCCAGUCGAAGGUUGCUAAUGGUUACCAGAUGCCACGCCCUCGUCACUGUGCACAAGAAGUGUAUGCUAUUAUGACUGGAUGUUGGGAAAAGGACCCCACAAAUAGGAACAACUUUGACCGGAUCCUGAAAGAUUUGGAAAGGAUUCUAGAAAAGACUCAUAAUUACCUGUCGCUAAAUGACUUGGAUGAACGGUUGUACGCGUCUGCUAUUGAAAUUUGA